AUGGCGAAUCAAACAGAUGAUUAUUAUGGAAAUACGUAUCAGUGGAACAACACAUUAUCGCCAAACGAAAGAGAUGCGGAAACCGAAUACUAUCUACCCAAUUGGACCGAUCUUGUUUUAACAGGACUGUUUACGAUACUAAUUAUUGUUACUAUAGUGGGCAAUACCCUCGUGAUUGCGGCUGUAAUUACUACCAGACGAUUACGGUCCGUGACUAAUUGUUUUGUCUCUAGCCUGGCGGCGGCGGAUUUACUAGUCGGUUUAGCAGUGAUGCCGCCGGCUGUGUUGUUACAGCUCACAGGCGGGACUUGGGAGUUGGGCGAAGUACUGUGCGAUUCUUGGGUCUCCCUUGACAUUCUCCUCUGCACGGCCAGCAUUCUCUCGCUAUGCGCCAUAUCUAUAGACAGGUACCUGGCCAUAACUCAGCCAUUGAUAUACAGCCGUCGACGCAGAAGUAAAAGACUGGCCGGACUAAUGAUCGUCGCGGUAUGGGUCAUGGCUGGCGCCAUAACGAGCCCACCUCUGUUGGGUUGUUUUCCACGUGCGACGAACCGCGAUAUCAAAAAAUGCUCCUACAAUAUGGAUUCGUCGUAUGUGAUAUUUUCGUCGAUGGGCAGCUUUUUCCUGCCCAUGCUAGUUAUGCUGUACGUAUACGGGAGGAUUUCGUGCGUUAUUGCGAGCAGGCACAGGAAUCUGGAGACUAACGAAGCGGAGAAUGUCCGACCACGUCGCAGAACCAUGUCUGAUCGUGGAAGGAGCAUUAAAGUACAGCGUACUGCGGAUUGUGCCGAGAGUGGUACGACGUGCGACACGCUGCCCGAGGAAGCUGAACCGACGAACAUGUGUAAAAAGUUGGGCACAAUUCGAGGUAAUCAGCAGAGCUGCAUCAACAGGGUCGCCAGGGAAACGAAAACUGCGGGUACCUUAGCAGUGGUUGUAGGUGGUUUCGUCGCAUGCUGGUUGCCGUUUUUCAUUCUGUAUCUUGCAACACCCUUCAUACCCGUGGAGCCGCCGAAUGCUCUCAUGCCAGCUUUAACGUGGCUAGGGUGGAUUAAUUCGGCCAUCAACCCUUUCAUCUACGCGUUCUACUCGGCAGACUUCAGGCUCGCUUUCUGGCGAUUAACAUGUCGGAAAUGCUCAAAGAGUAGACUGAACUUGCACGGCACGAAUCGGAAAUUACCCGCCUCAGUUAACUGGAAGAAAGACACAUCGAGAACGUGAAGAUCUCCGCGCACAUGAGUUUCAAACUUGUUUAAUUAUGUGAGGACCGGGAAUUGGAAUAACUGCAGUUGACUUGUACUCACUCGCAAUUACAUUAGCAAAGAAUAAAACAUAAGAACUAUGCGUAUGUAUUCUAAGUAUGUGCUUGUAUCCGACCUCUCUCGCGCGCGCGAUGGAUCGUAUCGAAUUUUAUAAGAUAUAAAUAUUUCUUCCUUUCUCUUUCUCAUUAUGUACAAUAUGUUGGAGUACAUGUAUAAUAGCUCUGAGAUUUUCGAAAAGUCAUGUGAGUUGAUCUCUUCAUGUAACAUACAUCGCGAUGUACAAUUUUAUUAAAUUAAAUUAACUUAUUAAAUUAAUCUUGUUAGUUUUGAAAGAAAAUUAUAUUCUUAUUUUUAAAAUUAUAAAUUAAAUUAUAUUCUUGAUUUCACGAUCAAUUAAAUUCUUACUAUUCUCUGUAAUGUGUUCUCUUUCAACAAAUAUUAUUCAAAGGGCAAUGCUAUAAUUAUAAUAUUAAUUUAGAUAUUUUCUUAUAGUGUAGCAUGCCAGCAUAUCAUCGGAAAUUAUGUUUAACGUUAUAUCGUAAAAAUGUUUGAUUGACAUAUUUAUAUUUAGAUAAACAUAUAUACAUGUUUGUAUGCAUGAUGCGUACGUGCUUGCAUACGAUUCGUGAGUUUCAGUGGAAUUGUAUCGAGAUACGUAUGUAGCAGAUUCUUCUGAACAAAGCGAAUUCUAAGAAGAAAGAUAAACGUAGAGAAGAUGUAGGAAUAAUAAAUAUUUCAUUUCGUUGAAAAAGCAAUGCAUAAAAAUAUACGACGAGAUACGACUGACGUUUGUAUCAAUCGGUAUUGAUUACAAAACUGUAAUCGAUACCGAUAUUGCAUCAUUGUCAAAGUCAUGUGAUAUUUGUAUACGAACGAAAAAUCGAAAAACCGUUCUGUUUAAUUGUCAUGUGUCAUGCACACGAUAGAUUCUUUGCAUGUUAUAUAUACACAUCUAGUCACUUCCCAUGUUAUAUAGAUACAUCUUUCCCCCUAUCAUAUAUAUAAAAAAUAAAAUUUUUAAACGCGCACAUGUAACUGUAACCACUUCUUUUCGAGCAACAAACUUACUACGUGCAUUAUAUAUUUUCCAUAAUACUUUAUUAUAUCGCACAAAUAUGUGAUAUUAUUAUUUAAAUACCAAUUUAUAGACAAUAUAUAUCUAUUGUCGUUAUGUAUAUUAAAUCACGCGAAUUUAUGAAUAUAAACUUAGAGUAAGGAAAAGAUUAGUUACGUAUUAUUUAGUAAACACUUAUUUUAGGAAUCCAAUUAUUUCAGAAAUAGCAGAUAGUAGAUAGUUAGUGGAAUUAAUUAAAUUAUUGAUUAAUGCAAAUAUAUGUAUUAUUUCAAAUAGAUAUUUAUCGAGUAAAAUACUACAAAUAGUAUCACAUAAAUUUUGUAUGUUAUUAAUAUAUUUAUUAAUUAUUAAAGACUGUGUAGAUAUUCAGUAGAACAGAAUCUGCUAGAAAAUAAGAAGCUAAUGUAAUCUAUUUUUUUUCUUUAUGUAUAUAAUUUGUUAACUUUAGAACGUACUUGACAAUUUUUAGUUUUAGUACAAUUUACUAAAUGUAUUUCUUAUUCUGCUCAAUAAUAUUAAUAAUUGAAAAACAUAAUUGUAAUUAGCCAACGAUAACAGUAUUAUUUAUUAUUUAUUAUUACUUAUCAGAAAAUGAAUAUAUUAUAUGUAUAUGUUUCACAAUGUUGAUGAUAAAUGUAUAAGCAUUGUAUUGUUGUCAAUAAUAUGAACAAUAUAUAAAACUCAUGUAAAG